AAGUUUGCUUUGUUUACCUAUAUCAGGAAAAAAUGGCCACCGAAAUAUGGGCAUGGAAAAAAAUUCAACAAUCAGUCGCUGCCACGAUGUUAUCCGACAUGGAUGAACUUCCCACUGUAAAAUUGGGAGACUUCACUUUGGAGUUUGAACUCAGCGAACCAUCAGACAAAGUAAAAGAAAUCGCCAGAAAAGAACUUCGCGAAACUCCAGACGUAGUCAAAACCGCAGUGCCAGCUUUAAGAGAUCUCUUGAAAGAAGAAAAAGAUCUUCAUGUGCCUUUGGACAACGAUUUGUGGCUCAUCAGGUUCUUGAGACCUACCAAGUUUUAUCCAGAAAGUGCCAGAGACCUGAUUAAAAGGUACUACCAGUUCAAAGUUAAACAUGCAGAUAUGUUUGAUGGUUUGACACCAAGCAAAGAAAAAAAUGUUUUCCAGCAAGACGUUUUGACAGUUCAACCAAACAGAGACCAGUUUGGAAGACGAAUUCUAGUCAUCGAAUUGGGAAAAAAAUGGAAAACGAGUGAAUUACAUUUGGAUGAAGUUUUUAAAGGCUGUGUUUUGUUCGUGGAGGCCGCCAUGUUGGAACCGGAAACAGAAGUCUGCGGGGCCGUCGUAGUUUUCGAUAUGGACGGGUUAAGUUUAUCUCAAACUACUAAAUUCACUCCUAUGUUCGCUAAGAGAAUCGUAGACUGGCUUCAGGAUAGCUUACCAGUAAGAAUAAAGAACAUCCACAUCGUCAAUCAACCUUACAUCUUCAAAAUCGUGUUCGCUCUCUUCAAACCUUUCUUGAGGGAGAAACUCAGGAACAGGAUCAUCUUCCACGGAAGCGACAGAAAAUCUUUACAGGAAUACGUCGACCCCGCUUGUCUUCCAGAAUGUUAUGGAGGUAGUCUGAAUUUGCCCAGAAUCAGCGGUCCCCAGUGGUUGGAAAUGUUGGAAAAAUGCGACAAAGAGUUCAGAGCAAUCAACUCCUUCGGUUACAACAAAAAAAUCGAGUCCUAAUUUGUAGCCAACAAGUGCCAAAACAGAUUUAUUUAAGUAUCAUUAUUAGUGGAGUAUUUUAUUUAUAUUAUACCUACAUUACAUAAAUACAUAUUGAUCAUCACUUCGUUAUACAUAAGCGUACAAGCAUCACUAUAUGUAUUAUAAGUUUUAACUGGUGCAAUAUAAAUAUUGUUAAGUCGGAGCCGUAAGAACCAAAUAAAAUAAAAAUCAGGGCUUAUAUUUACCUUUUUACUAGGGCUACUACUGUAUAUUUGUUAGUUGUAAACGCAAAGAAUUGUAUUUUUAAUUUUUUUACCAAGGCUCAAUAUAAUUUUAUCCCCUUUGGCUACGGCUCUGUGUUAUUUAAAAAUAAAUAUAUUUU